GUUUCUUGUGGUAACUAGUUUGUAUACAAUAAAUAUAUUGCAGUGUAUUUCAUGGAAUUAUUAUUGAAAUAGAAGUUCUAUGCGUUCGAAGAAAUGACGGAUAAAGAUAAGUUUUCGCCUUUAGUUAAGCAAUGCUUUGUCACAGCAGCCAUUUGUAGCAAUAUAAUCGGCCACGGGUGUUCCUUUGGCUACCCAGCGAUUCUUCUCCCUAAACUGCUAGCAAACGAUUCAGUGAUACCUAUAACGAAAUCCGAAGCAUCAUGGAUUGCGGGAACUUUAUCUCUCACGAUGCUGAUGGCUUAUUUUAUAACAACUCCAUUAAUGGAUAGCUUAGGACGAAGGUAUACUCACAUAAUAUUGACCAUACCUGCUAUAGCUGGAUGGCUGGUUAUCGUCAUGGCAACUACAGUUUCAGAAAUCAUAAUUGGAAGAAUACUGAACGGUAUUUCCAUAGGAAUGCUGUUCACCCUUAGAUCAGCAUUAAUUGGGGAGUACACUAGUCCACAGUAUCGCGGAGGACUACUAACGACAGCUUCACUAUCACAAGCUUUCGGUAUUUUCUUCGUACAUCUCCUCGGAUCAUUCACAAGCUGGCAAAGAACAGCCCUUAUCUGUGUUUUCUUCCAUUUCAUUAGUCUUUUAAUGAUUAUCUAUAGCCCAGAAUCUCCUAGUUGGUUUUUAGCUAAAGGACGGUAUGAUGAAUGUAGGGAUGUUUUCAAAUGGCUAAGAGGUAAUAAAGAAGAUAAUGAACUAGAGCACAUGAUUCAAGCUCAAACAGAAUUAAAGAAACUCAAUAAUGAAAUACCUAAAUAUAGUAUUAGGACGUGUAUAGAAACACUGAAGAAGAAUGAAUUCUAUAAACCAAUUGUUUUGAUGUCUCAUUGCAAUAUAAUUCUUCAGUUUUCUGGUGGAACUACAAUGGCCGCUUAUGCGACUGUCAUACUCAGUCAUAUUCUGGGUGAAGGUGCUAAUGUAUCGUUUUGGAUGGUAUUUUUGGACACCCAAAGAAUAAUUUUCAAUACAGUUGCAGUGUUUGUUCUCAACAAAUUUAAGCGACGUACUAUGAUGUUCUUAACAAUAGGAGUAUGUAUAUUUAGUCACAUAGCUAUAGCUACGUAUGUGCUGUCUACAACACUUGGGUGGAUGUCAACUUCAAUAUGGCUUCCUGCAUUAUUAAUAAACAUACAAUUUAUAACAGUUGCUGUAGGAACAGUGCCGCUUCCAAUAAUUGUAACUGGAGAAGUUUUUCCAUUAAAAUACAAAGGUAUUGGUGGAACCAUCAGUUCUUUUGUUAGCGGAUUGUUCUCCUUUUUAAUUGUGAAGACUUUUCCAGAUCUAACUUAUAAUUUGGGAUUUUAUGGGACUUAUUACUUAUAUGCUUUAAUUAUGUCGUUCAAUUUGAUUAUGGUCUGGUUUUUAUUACCUGAAACGAAAGGUAAAACAUUACAAGAGAUUGAGGAUGAAUUCAGAGGUCAAAAGUUAAGAUUAUAUGAUCAGCAUCCCAAAAAUUUGAAACAUUCCAGAUCAUUAAUAGAUCUCGAGGGAAAACUAAUUUGUGAUUCAAAAACAUAAACGGAAGGGAUGUUAAAGCUAUCCCAACAUAAAAUUAAUUUGGAUGAACAGGGUCGGCAGAUAGCGAAUUGGAAAUUUACGGAUUGGUUAGCGUCUUAAGAAAAUAAAAGAGAAUUUUUUGGCAA